CCUUUCCACCCGCUUCCGGCGCGGGGCGAGGCCGGGGCGGCGGCGGGGCGGGCGGGUUUGAAUCGCGGUGCGCCGCUGCCCCGCUCGCUCCGCCAUGGACUUCUCGGAGCUGUUCAAGCUCUCCGGCCUGCUCGGCAGGUUCUCCCCCGAUGGCAAGUGCCUGGCUUCGUGCGUGCAGUUCCGUCUGGUGGUGCGGGACGCCAGCACCCUCCAGGUGCUCCAGCUGUACACCUGCCUGGACCAGAUCCAAUACAUCGAGUGGUCCUCGGACUCCCUCUUCAUAUUGUGUGCCAUGUACAAGCGCGGGAUUGUCCAGGUCUGGUCGCUGGAGCAGCCGGACUGGCACUGCAAGAUAGACGAGGGCUCGGCGGGGUUGGUGGCUUCAUGCUGGAGUCCGGAUGGUCGUCACAUUCUCAAUACAACCGAGUUCCAUCUGCGGAUAACUGUGUGGUCCUUGUGUACAAAAUCUGUGUCUUACAUCAAGUAUCCCAAAGCCUGUCAGCAGGGGAUCGCUUUCACCAAGGAUGGCCGCUAUAUGGCAGUAGCAGAAAGACGUGACUGCAAGGACUUCAUCAGCAUCUUUGUGUGCAGUGACUGGCAGCUCCUGAGGCAUUUUGACACUGAAACGCAAGAUCUGUUUGGGAUCGAAUGGGCUCCCAACGGCUGCGUUCUGGCGGCGUGGGAUACGUGUCUGGAGUAUAAAAUAUUGCUGUACUCCCUUGAUGGCAGACUGCUGUCCACCUAUCGGGCGUAUGAGUGGUCGCUAGGCAUCAAGUCAAUCGCCUGGAGUCCCAGCAGUCAGUUCUUGGCAAUUGGCAGCUAUGAUGAAAAGGUGCGUAUCUUGAACCAUGUAACUUGGAAGAAGAUCACAGAGUUUGAGCAUCCAGCAACCAUUGCGAACACCAAAACUAUUGUGUAUAAAGAAGUGGAGAAAUCCCCAUCUGUUGAAACAGAGAGACUUUCCCUCCCUCCAACAAGAGCGCUGGCUAGUUCUCUCUUCAGCACACACAGUAAAUAUGACAUUUCCCAGGUGCCAGUCUCUUUACAGUAUAUCAAACCAGUUGCCGACAGGGCAAAUCCCAAAAUGGGAGUUGGGAUGUUGGCAUUCAGUCCAGAUAACUGUUUCCUGGCAACCAAAAACGAUAACAUUCCUAACGCUGUCUGGAUCUGGGACAUUCAGAAGCUGAAGCUGUUUGUGGUUUUAGAGCAGCUGUGCGCCGUCCAGUCCUUCCAGUGGGACCCGCGGCAGCCCCGACUCGCGGUGUGCACAGGGAACAGCAAGGUCUACCUGUGGUCCCCAGCGGGCUGCGUGGCCGUGCAGGUUCCCUUGGAAGCGAGAGCCCAGACCAACAGCUGCUCGCUGACGAACUGCUCUGUGUCCGCAGGCGACUUCCAGAUCGUGUCCCUCUCCUGGCACGCGAGUGGAGACUCCAUGGCGCUUCUGGGCAAGGACAACUUCUGCAUGUGCUACUUAGAAAGAGAAGAGAUAAAAUAACAACCCCAGGUUUGAGGAAGAGUGAGGAAAGGGGUCAGACCCUGUUGCCCAAUCUGAAGUUUUUAUAUUUAUAAGUUAUUUAUUUGCCGGAGCUCACCCAAACUCCAGUGUGUGAAGUACUGUGAUUGCAUUUGGAUGACACGAUGUAGCAGUUAAAGCGUAGAGAAUGAAGUCUGGAUUUCAGGAAAACUUCCAUAUUGAUGUAGUUGAACAUUCUCCUGCACUUUGUCAACUAUGAAACCUUAUUUUCUAAAAUUGUAGCCAUGUGUAUAUAAUGUAUAGCUAUUAUUUAAAUUUUAUAAUUUCCAAUAAAUAUUUUGAUAGUUACAAA